AAUAGUACGACAGGCAACGGUGACGUCACAUGAAUGGUGGACUGGUGUAGCGAAAGGAGCGGCAUGACACUGUCAGAAACAGUUGUACGACACCAUUGAAGCCUUGCACUGAUGGAUAACAGAAAGCGCCAUGAUGAAAGAUAUUGAUUCAAGAGAGAGAGUUCAAGAUGGCACAUGGUGUGCAGGGGCACAGAAUGAUGAGGAGGAGGAAGAUGAGGAGGAGGCGAGCCCUAUUAGAGCCAGUUUCUCAGUCGAGGACUUGCUAGAUGAGGUGGAGAAGAUCAGCAGUGUUGCCAGUAGCGGAAAAAAGGUGGAGAUUGUAGUAAGACUGUGGAAAAAUGGCUUCACAGUAAACGAUGAAGAUUUACGCAGUUACUCUCUGGAGGAAAACCAAGAAUUCUUGGAGGCCAUUAAGAGAGGGGAGCUGCCGCUGGAAUUAGAAGAAAGAGCCGAAGAUGAAGAACUGGAAGUCAACGUAGAGGACAUGAAAGAUGAAGAUUAUGUCCCAAAGAAGAAGGCCUUCCACCCAUUUACAGGCAGAGGUUACAGACUAGGAAGCGUGGCCCCACGAGUUGUGGCAAGGUCUCUAUCGAUACACGAGGACUGCUCUGGUCCUCCUCUUCCAGCAGUGGAACUGAAUGAGGACCUUCCUGUAACCUCCCUUCAGAUCUGGCUGGCUGACGGUCGCCGUCUUGUACAGAGGUUUAAUUUAUCCCAUCGGAUCAGCGAUGUGCAGGAUUUUGUGGAGCAGGCCCAGAGAACAAACGCUCCGUUCAUCCUGACUACAUCCCUGCCUUUCCGCGAGCUAAGAGAUGAGGGCCAGAGUUUAGAGGUAGCCGACCUGUCUAAUGCUGUCAUCGUUCAAAGGCCGAUCAACUCACAAGCUCCGUUUGGUCACUCCUGACUGUUUCUGCUUGAAUCAGAGACUCAAAUCUACUGGUUCCAUCGACCUUUGGACAACAUUUCAUAAUCCUGAUUCUUCAAUUAGGGGAUCUUUUCUGUCCCCUAGGAUGAUUUUAAAUAAUAAUUAAAAAAAUGCUUAAAAAGUCUAGUUUGGAAGGAUAGAAUAUAAAGGUUUUAAUCUUUAAAGGAAUGUUCAGGGUUCAAUACAAGUUAAGCUCAAUCGACAGCAUUGGUAAGAUAAUGCUGAUUACCACAAUUCUGCAAAAAUCAUGAAUGCAUUAAGACACUUACAAUGGAAGUGAAUGGGGACGGUCCAUUAACAUUCAAAUACAAAUUGUUUCAAAAGUAUAUAAUCACAGGGUUCACAGGUAUUGUGUUGACAUGGCAACAAAGUAGCAAUACUGGAUAUAACAUUACCCUGAUGAGGUAAGCAAGCAACUUUAUCACUCCAAAAAGUGACAGAUGUCACUACCAUCACACAUAAGGAUUUUAUAUGAAUAUAUCUCAAAAAUUCAUACUAUAAGACAUUGAAAAAGAUUUUAAGUUGUCAAACGUGCCCUUAAUUGAAGAGUCACCCAUUUACGUCCCAAAUUGACAGAGCCCGUCCCCUUCAUUCUUCUGGUUUUGAAAAUCUAGGUUCUUUGGACAACACUAUGACUAUAAAUGGCCACUCUUUACAAGUGUCAAUACACAUAGCUUUAACACUUGAAUCCGUCAUAGUAAAUGAAUGAAGGAAGAUUCUUUGAUUGUCCUGUCAUAUCUCAGAGCUGGAUACCUUGGCCUUUUCUGAUGCAAUGCAGUAUGCACAAGCCAAGUCUAUUACCUUCACGACUAUUAAUGUUUACAUAUAGAUCCAUAAAGAAGUCAGUUCAUGAGAACUGCCAUGAUGCUUAAUUGUGUUUUUUGUUGUACACUUAUGCAACAAUCAUUUGUAGUCCAUGCUGUAAUGUCAUGUUGUGAACUGUUAAGUUAUAAAUGUCAAAUGUUUUAUGCACUUUGCCUAUGACAGAGGUCUUUUGUUGAUAGCCUCUUGCAAUAAACUUACAGAAGAUGUGAA